AUGAUGCAGAGUGCAUCUAAGGCGAAACAAGAAGAAUAUCUGGCAAAUGGUGGUUCUUCAAGAUCAAGGCUUGAAGUUUAUCUGUGUGCAUACAAGGGUUCAAAGAAGUCUGAUCGCGCAAAGACAGGAAAGGAUCUGCAAGUGGUGGACUAUAAUAAGAAAAGCACACCCGUUGUUGGCAUGAGUGAUAGAGGAGAAGAGAGUCUGAGAGGUAGAAGAAUAGAGUCAAACAAGAACCGUCAGAAACGGGAAUGGGGACAGAUGGGCUGGGUCUAUAUAGCUCAACAAUUUGUUAGAUCUGACGCAGGAAACGCCGAGAACUUUUCCAACAUCUGGAACGUUGGCUAG